AUGCUACCUCCGCGGUCCCCGAUAACAGCACAACAUUCGACCCGGACAAACUCGGGCGGCUCGGGUACGGUGUACGACGCGGUGAGAGACACGGUAACUGCACGUGGCUCUGGACCAUCUCAGUCGGCACCUGGCUCUGGCUCUGGUCCUUCACAGUCUGCACCCGGCUUUGGACCCCUUCAGUCCGCAUCUGCAGGUGGGACACCAAGUCAGCCGAGUCGUCUACCAACAGCAACUCAGGCAUCAGGUGGCAAUGACCCAUAUAGUCAUCUUACUCCUUUGCAGAGGGCGGAACUAAAUGAGGCUCUACACGAAGUCGUAGUCAAGUAUGCUCCACGAUUCAGGGAAGCGGAACAAAUAAAAGAUCCCAAUGAGCGGAAGGUAAGACUUACCGGCACUCAGAACAUCUUAUACGCGAAGCAAAGCACCAUCCGUAAACGGUUUGGAGUGCGUCUUCGGCACAAGCGGACCAAAGAAGAGAUCGAGCAAGAGCGCGUACGUAUGUGGACCCUGGAGCACGGUGCCCCGACCCCGAGCUACGGCUCUGGCUCUGGUCCUUCACGGUCUGCACCCGGCUCUGAACCCUCUCAGUCCGAACCUGCAGGUGGCUCUGGCUCUGGCCCUUCACAAUCUGCACCUGGUUCUGGACCGUCUCAGUCGGCACGGCACAUCCUGGAGAGAGACACGGGAUAUCGGGAACUAGAUCCUCACGCUCGACAACGGGUGCAAAGUCGCCCUCGACAAUAUGUGGAUCUCGACUCCUCCGACUCCUACGGCGAAGAGGAACAUUCUCGGGAGCACGGCGGGCGCCGCCACAAGAUACCAGCGUCAGGUGCCGCUGCCUCGGGCAGCACCCAAUACCGGAAGAUCGCGCCUCUCGCUUCGCUAAAGGUAAAUCCAGAAGGACUUGCUUAUGUGUCCACCGCGCUCGACUUCGAUUGCUUUUGCGGAAAUAGGCUUUCCAGGGUUGACCUCAAGACUUACGCACCCAUGUAUGCACACAUCUACGGGUCGUACGGCAAAGGACUCAUAUGCUGCAGGGAUUGUCGCGAGGUUUAUCAACGGCGCUUAAGAGAGGCUAGAAUAUCCAAUACUCGCGGCGCGGAUGGCAAAAGGGGGCCCUGA